AGCUUUGGAAAGACUUUCUCCCGUUUAAGUAGGAAGUAUUUGGAAGAAGAUGUUGCGAAGUGGAAACAAGCACUCCAAGAGGUGGCUUCUCUAAAGGGGUGGGAAUCAGACAGAUUUGCUAGCGGCUACGAAGGAGAAUUGGUAAAAGAAGUCGUAGGAAAAGUUUUGAGGGAGUUAAAGAAGGCCUUUCAGCUGGUUGUUACUGAACAACUUGUUGGAAUUGAUAAUGCUGUGAAUGAUAUUUUGAAAUUGCUUGAUGAUAAACCCGGUGCCACGCAAAUUGUUGGCAUUCAUGGAAUGGGGGGUAUUGGUAAGACAACUUUAGCCAAGGUCAUCUACAAUAAGCUCUCUGACAAAUUUCAGCAUCGUAGUUUCAUUCCAGAUAUUCGAGAAUCCUCGCGGCGCAAGGGUAUUUCAUGUUUGCAAGAUCAAUUAAUCUUUGAUAUACUGAAAACGAACAAUCUAGUGUCUAGUCUAGAUGAAGGAAUUAGGAUUAUGGAAUCUAGAUUUAAAGGCAAGAAAGUCCUAAUUCUUUUGGAUGAUGUGAAUCAUAAGGAUCAACUCAAAGCUUUGGUUGGGAAACCUGACUGGUUUGAGAUGGGAAGUAGGAUAAUCAUUACUACAAGGAUAAGUUCCAUCCUUGAUGAAGCUGGGGUGAAAUGCAAGUAUGAACUUAAGGAAAUUGAUGAGGAUAACUCACUGAGAUUACUCAGUAGACAUGCCUUUAUGAGGGACUCUCCUCCGUGUGAAUUUGAAUCUCUCUCUCGUGCUGUCGUGUCCACUACCGGAGGGCUUCCUUAG